GAAUUGUGCUAGCCGUUCAAUAGCAACCCAAUAUUAAAAUCUCUCGUGUGUGAUGUAUUCCGUGCAUUGUACUUCGAAUGCUCAACAGGAAAAGAAACACGGACGAAACUCCAUCCAAUCAACGAAUACACCACGAGUUAACACACAGGCAAUACACAGUUGAACGUGAAAAAAUAAUUUCAAUUCCAGUGUGUACGGUGGCGUAGUUGAAUCGUAGCAUUUAAUUCAUAUUACAACAAAAAAAUAAAACAGAAGAAAAAGAAACAUAUAAAAAAAAUCGCUCAACAGCCAAACAUUUAUGCGCUAACUGUUUUUUUUCUUUCAAAAUUAGUUUUAAUUUGUGCAGCAAAUUGUUUUCUAGCCGCUCUUCCGUUGCGUUUUAUUUGUUUAAUUUUAUUUUUACUUGAGUCAAUUUUGGUUUUCGUGUUGUAUUUUUGCAUUUUCUUUGCUGGUAAUUUUCUAUUUUGCCACAAAAUUCGGUCGACAGUGCAUACGUACACGAUACAUUUUGAAGACGGUGAUCGUGUUUUUGUUUCUUGUCAAUGUGCCCCGGUUGUUUUGUAUAAACCGAAAUCCGAAGACGAGAAGGGAACAACAAAAACAACACAAUUCGUCGAAUAUUGUGGAGCGAAACAAAAGAAAGAAAGAAAAAAAAGUACAUUUCAGGUGAGCAUUUGGAUUGACGUCGCUGUUGAUUUAUUUCAUCGUGCAUGGAAUUUUUUCACGUAUGAGUGUUAUAAUUUCUUUCAUUGUUUGAAAAAUUACAACGAACAACAUACACACAAGAAAAAAAAACGGCAUAAGUGAAUAUUUCAAGCGUCGAAACGCCGAUACAAAGCAGCGAAACUAAAUUGACGGGGUAAAGUUGAAGCAGCAUCGAUAGACAAAAAAAAGAAACAAAAAGCACACUGAAAGUGAAAUUAGUUAAACAAAAGGCAAAACGAAACGAAACAAGAAAAAAAUAACUACACGGUAGAUAAAUAUAAGCGGCUUCAACACUCUGAAUUCGGUGGUUUUUAUUUGUUUCGGUACGCGCGUGUUUGUGUGAGAAAACCGAAAAGAAAAGUGAAGACAACAAGAAAGAGUUUAACAAAAUCGCAUGUAAUUUUUCUCUCGGCAGCAAUCGAUGCCCAUGAUUUGCGCAUACAUAUUUUGUACGUUAAUUGUAUGUGAUUGAAUACAUACAUAAAAUCGUUUACAAGUUUGAAAGUAGAAGCGGUUUUGUGCAUACAACAUAUAAAUUGGAAAAUACGCAUACACACUGAUUGACUGACUGACUGACUUACUCAUCGACUGAGAGAACAAGAAAGAGAAAUAAUCGGAUAUAAAAGCGCAGUCUUUUCUCUCUCUCUCUCUAUCUCUUUCUCUCCCUCCAUCCGAUCAAAUUGUGCGUGCAAUAAGCCAUAUUGAAGUGAUCUAGAGAAUAUUAACGAUACCGAAAAGCUUAACGACAAUACACACACGUCACGCAAACACAAAAAUGGUGAACCAAUUGCUUUGUUUUAAGGCCGGUGGCCUAGUGUUGGGCAUCAUUGGAACAGCUCUAUCAAUGCUCAAUUUAGUUUGGGCAAUCGCUGCGUAUGAAGAGCUUCCAUUUAUUAAUGAUCACAUUAUAUUGGGCAAAUUGAUUGGCUAUGCUCCUGACCACUUCAUCAGACUGGCUUACGUCAUAAUUUCAAUAUUCGAGCUGGUCGCUGCUGCACUAUUGAUUGCCGGCAUUUUACUGAAAAAGAAAUACUGUUUGCUGCCCUGGAUUGUUAGCUACAUGGUGGAUAUAAUAGUAAUAUCAUUGGAAGCCUGGAAUUAUCUCAUACUGUCCAUUGUUUGUAUGACUAUCUUCGGUGGAGUUAUUUACAUCUGGUAUGCUAUAGUCUUAUUGUACAAGGAAUUCCAAGCGGAAGAAGAGGCCAACACGGGAGUGCAAAUGGCAUAUGUGGACGAAGCACCAUCACAACUUCCGCCGUACAGCGUGCUGACGAUCGACAAGUGAUCAACGAUCACACACAUGCUAGCCAGAAACAAUACAGCAACAACAACAACAAUCAAGAAGAAUCGAUUUAAAGCAAAUCAGAUUGAUACACAUUUCUCCACAGAAAAGUUUUUUGCAUCUUCCUUAAUUAAAGCAAUGAAGUUUUUUUUUCUAGAAAAUUAUUAUUUAAUUAGAUGAGAAAGAGUUGCGAGUAAAAUCUAAAAAUUUAUCUGGACAUUUUCCUCGGUUGAAUUCAUUGUAUAUGCGUGUGCGAGUGUUUGUAUCAGCAAGUGAUCGUAUUUAAUUAAUUUUUCAAAAUCGCACCCUUGAUGCGCAAGCAAAUCGAAAAAAUCUCAAUGACGUUGAACUUAUGUGUGUACUUGUCUUUCGUCUAAAUAUUUCAGACUUGAAGAAUUUAUUGAAACAACACAUUUCUCCUAUUCUGUUUUAGCUAAUAAUUUAAUUGAAUGUCCGAGAAUGAAAACGCAACUUCUAUUCACAACACAUAUAAGUGAAACAAAAAUAAAAAAAUUUAUUGAAAUGAAACAACACAAUCGAAUUUUUUCAAAGUGUAACAACAAAAAAGAUUUUUUUAAAGUGUAACAUCGGUAUGUAGUAAGUGUAACAACAUACCGAUGUUACACUUUAAAAAAAUCUUUUUUGUUGUUACACUUUGAAAAAAUUCGAUUGUGUUGUUUCAUUUCAAUAAAUUUUUUGUUUUUGUUUCACUUAUAUGUGUUGUGAAUAGAAGUUGCGUUUUCAUUCUCGGACAUUCAAUUGUACAUUUAAACCUACACACACACACACACGCUCACAUGUAUACAUAAACACCCGAUGAAACAAUGUGUAGGUUAAAUGAAAAUUGAUUUUCAAUCGCAAAAGACAAAAUAAGCUGACAAAUGAAUAUUUGUCGUUGUGCUGAAAAUAACCAAAUAUUUAGUUAAGAAUUCUUAGAUGCGUAGAUUAAAAUUUGAGAAUAAAAGAAAAAUAUCGGAAAAACGAGAGCAAA